AUGUCUCAGCAGCAAAUGUCCGCGAAAAAUCAACAAGAACUCCAGGUUCAAUAUUCAAAUUUCAAAGAGACCCUACAAGGCAUCGCCCAAAAAAUUGGCGAUUGUGAGCAGGGAUUAGAAGAGCAUUCCCUGGUCCUCGAAACAUUAAAGCCCCUGCCCGAUGAUCGCAAGUGUUUCCGCAUGGUCAAUGGCGUUCUAGUAGAACGAACCGUUAGUGAUGUACUCCCUGCGCUUCAGACGAACGCCGAUGGGUUGAAGAAAGUCCUCGAGGACCUACUCAAGCAGUAUCAGACCAAGCAGACGGAGAUGGAAAAGUGGAAGAAGAAGAACAACAUCCAAGUCGUCCAGCAAUAA